AUGGAAAAUGACAGGCCCUGCGAAGAUGAGGAUUUGGAGAUAGACGAUUAUAAACUGCCCCCACGACCGGCGUACUCCGAUACAAAAGCCAUGCAAUGCUGGGCGACCAUGUUUGCGACUGCCAUGACUACCUUGGCUUCGAAGCCGUUCCCGCUCCGCGACAGAAACAACUCUGCCUACAAUAUCCGCAAAAUGAGUUACUCACAACAAACCCAGCGGUUUUAUAAGCAGAUUGUGGAAGGUCAGCAAAGCACGUUGGAUGGGAUAAACUCGAUCAAAGAUCUGUUGACGGAGCACGACUGGCGCGUGGAGGAACGGGUCAAACAAAUUCACUUGCAACUACGGAGCAAAGAUUACCAACUUCACGCUGCGCAAGAGAAGAUCAUCUACCUCAAAACCAUUAACGGGUUUCUGCCCUCCUACACGGCCUUCCCGCUUAGCCGCGGGCCGAGUCCUGUGCCGCAAGGCCAUAUUCCCCUUCGUCAGAUGUGGAUGAAUCAGGAGACCGUGCGAAAGUUACUUGACACGCAUAAUGGUGAUUUAGUUGACCUUGCUCUGGCAAUCGAGAUGAAAGGACGUCUUUCACAGAAGGAGCAGGCACAGGCAGAACAAAUGGAACACACGGAACCCUUCAGACUCUGGAUUAUCUCCCCCCACUCUGCUAAGUUGUUGAUCCACUGGGACCCCCGACCGACCACAAUACUCCGUGGACUUUCGCCACUAUCGGUAGUUGGGACCACCAUAGCUCAGGCAUUGAGAGAUCAGCCUCGAUUCUUAUCCCUGUCGUGGUUCGGGGGGCUACAAGUAGAUCGUACGGAGACCGGCUUGGUGGGAAGGAAGUACGCGAUGGUCUGCAGCCUAAUCGAUCAGCUCCUGCGACAGCAUGAAUUCGAUACGAGUUUCCUGCCAAUUCCAACCGACCCGUUGGCGUCCCAGGAGGACUGGCUUCAGCUCUUGGAUGCGCUGAUCCGGCAGCUUCCAGCGAUGCGGACCGUGUGCUGUAUCAUCAACGGAAUCAUUCUGUUAGAGCGGGAAGAAUAUGAGGCCGAGGCAUUGCCUGUGCUGGGUAAACUGAUUGCUCUGGUUGAGAAUCCAACUGUGGUAGUACCGCUGAAGUUGCUGUUGACCAGCAGCCCCGGGACCACUAUCGUGCGAGCGGCGUUUGAAGACGAGGGGCUGAUCUUGAACAUCGGGCCUCUGCCGCCACCUGGAUUAGCUCCUAGUCAAACCCGGGUCAUUCGGGAGCUGGGGCAGACUGUGACUGGAGAUGAAAAGUGUGGAUGA